AUGGACACCAAGAACGAAUCUUCCGACCUUGACCAUGGCCAAGUUAACCAUGCCGUGGUGCUCGAAAUCCUCGGACUCGAGCCUCAGCUGAAAAAGCAUUUGGGCCCUUUCUCAAUUAUUUGUGUGGGCUUCAAUAUCUGCAACAGUUGGGUGGGAUUGGCGGCCACCAUGGUCAUCGGAAUGGAGCAGGGGGGCAGCGUCACUGUUGUGUACGGCUUGCUCGUUGUUCUCUUUUUCUUGGGCUGCUCAGCACUUACGAUGGCCGAAUUAGCCAGUGUGUAUCCAACUGCGGGUGGCCCUUAUCAUUGGACAUCGAUUUUGGCACCGGGGUAUUGUUCGCGUGUUCUGAGUUAUAUUUCUGCUUGUUUCAAUAUUUUUGGUUGGCUUUCAAUUACUUCCGGUGUGGUCGUUCAGCCUGGGCAGUUUAUUCAGGCCGUGCGACUAUUCUUCGACCCCGACGUUGAUGUCCCGGUGUGGCAAGGUUUUCUUUUUUUUCAAGCCGCAAACAUCUUCCUCCUGCUACACAAUACCUUACUCCAACAUCGUACUCCAUUUUUUCACGAUGCAGGAUUUAUUCUAUCCAUCACCUCCUUUUUUGUUAUUAUCAUAACCUGCCUGUCUCGAACUUCGUCUUUCAACCCAUCUGAGUUUGUGUGGACUACAUUCAUCAACAACACUGGCUGGAAAUCAAACGCUGUGGUCUUCUUAACUGGCCUAGCCAACCCAAAUUUCAUGUUGGCUGGGAUCGACGGAGCAGUUCAUAUGGCAGAGGAAGUGGCCGAUGCAGCAAAAUUUGUUCCUCGCGCGCUGAUAAGCACUGUUGUUAUAGGCUUCGUGACGGCAUUUGGGUUCUCCCUCUCAAUGCUUUACAGUUUGAAUGACUUUGAAAAAGUCGUGGAUAGUGUAACUGGCGUCCCCAUAUAUGAAAUCUGGUAUCAAGCAACUCGCUCCCAGGCCGCCGCCACAACCUUCAUCUUCAUCUUGCUUUCCAUUGCUCUCUUCUCGUUGAACGCUUGUAUAGAGUCUAGCUCCCGCCUGACUUGGUCUUUCGCCCGUGAUAACGCCCUGUUCGGCUCAAACAUCCUUAGUAAAAUUCAUCCUCGCCUCCAAGUCCCUGUCUGGGCUCUGAUGGCUAAUUCGGCCGUCAUAUUCAUAAUCGGCUGCAUCUACUUGGGGUCAUCAAGUGCAUUCAACGCAUUUAUUGGUUCGGGGCUGUUACUGCAGCAGUGCAGCUUCGCUCUUCCUGCUGCCUUACUUCUGUGGCAUAAACGGUCCGAGAGUGUACUUCCCAAGUCAAGGGGUUUUAAUCUUGGGGCCUUUGGGUGGGUUGCUAAUGCCGCUACGCUGGUUUUUGCGCCGCUUAUCACGAUCAUGUAUUGCUUCCCAGUGGGCUUGCCGGUGACUGGUUCAAGUAUGAACUAUACGGUUUGUGUGGUGGGUGUGAUGGCAUUGUUCUCUGCGACAAACUGGUUUCUACAUGCGAGGAAUGACUACCGCGGGCCCCGUCUUCCUGCUAUGUAG